AUGUUAAGAUUUAUCCGUUCAUUACAUUUGGAAUCAGCUUCUACUUUACAAGAGAGGAUAAUACCCAGAUAUCUACCUAAUAAGAAACUUUAUAAUCUAACAUGGCCAUCACCACCUCAAAACGUUUACAUUACCAAGAAACCUAAUAAUAAAGAAGUUACAAAUUCAAUGAUAAAGUUUAUUAAUUUUUUGAAUACUCUGCAUCCUGAAAUGAAUAUUAUCCUAAACAAUCAAGUUAUUAAUGAGUUGAAUCAAUUAAGAUUGAAAACUGACCUUGAUGUUGUUGAGAAAUAUCAAUUCAAUCAAUUAGAUAAAGUUAAGAUAUUUAAUGGAGAUUUAGAUUUAAUUAAAGCUAAAACUGAUUUAUUAAUAACCAUAGGAGGUGAUGGGACGAUUUUGAAUUCAGUUUCCCAAUUUCUGAAUAGUAAUGUUCCACCAAUACUAAGUUUUUCAAUGGGAACUUUAGGAUUUUUAUUACCGUUCGAUUUUCAACAGCAUAUGGAGAUUUUUAAUAAGAUUAUUAAUAACAAGGGACAAGUUAUCAAGAGAAGUAGAAUAGAGUGUCAUGUUAUACGUCAAGGAUUAGAAGAGAAAAAUGAUAGAGUGAUGAAACAUGCAUUGAAUGAAAUUACUGUUCAUAGAGGAAGUGAAGAAAAUAUGGUAUCAUUAGAUAUUUCAAUCAAUAAUGAAUUACUAACCACUACUACAGCUGAUGGAAUCAUAUGCAGUACACCAACAGGUUCAACUGCUUACUCAUUGUCAGCAGGUGGUCCAAUUGUGCAUCCAUUAAUCGAAGGUAUAUUGAUCAAUUUAAUCAGUCCUCGUUCGUUAUCUUAUAGACCUUUAAUAUUACCACACGAUAGUGAAAUAAUGAUAAGGUUAUCUCCAAAGAAUAGAAAUAUUGAGAUAAAAUUAAGUAUCGAUGGUAUAAAACAACCAGAUUUGAAAAUGGGUGAUGAAAUUCAUAUAAUGAAGAAAUUAUCCAUAGAUAAUAAUAUUUGGUGUGUAAGUGGGGGAGAAAAUGAUUGGACCAAAGAUAUUAAUGAAUUAUUAGGAUUCAACAAAUCAUUCAAAGAGAGACCUCGUUAA